AUGGCAUCAACGACGUCACCGCUGCCCAGCAACUAUCCAUUACAAGUCACAGUCACUCCUGCCCAAUCGUCAUUCUUCGCAGGAGAGGAGUUGCGAUGCCUCAUCACGUUUACCAAUCUACGUCAGCCAGUCCCGCAGUCGCAACCUCUGCCGUCCACCUCGAGGUUUCCUGCUGAUAGCUGGCAGCAGGCAGGGAGGGCAGCGAGUCACGCAUUUCCGUCAUCGCAAGGGCACGGACAUGGAAGAAGUCAGACCAUAGAUCUACGCAAGCCUCCGCCUGGCAAACCUGCGAAAGGAGCUGGCAGUCGAGAGUAUGGAGAUGAUGAUGACCACGACGACGAUGAUUCUCUUGAUGGACCUGUCGACGGCAACGCUCUACCCUCACGCAAACGCAUCAUUGGUCGCAAUGCCACCCCAAUGAAGCCUUCGCGCAAUGCAAGCGGCUCUGCGAGCACCACAAAACACGCCAAAUCAGCCAGCAUGGCCUUCCUAGGCAAAGGGCCACCUCUCCUCUCUCCAACCUCUCCGGUACGGCCACAGUAUGACAGAGCAGAGUCACUGAGCCGACCCUCUUCGUCCUCUCGCGGAGCUUCGGUGUCUUUCGACGACUCCUUCACCUCCUCAUCACCCGCCGCCUCUCGGCCGGGGUCGCGCAAGCCCUCGUCGACGAUUCAUGCUGCUCAUCCGCACUCUCGCAAGAAGUCGGUCAUCCAGGUACAGAACGAGGAUUUGAGCGCCGCCUUCGAACUUCAUGGUGCAAGCAAUGGCAAUGGAGGCAACGGCCAUACCCUGUAUGCUCAGAGCGCAAACCCCAGCGAAGUCAUAGAGGCCUCAGGCUUCUACAAUCUAGGUCGGAAUGAUACAAUGGAUAGCGUCGUGCGCGAUCAGCUCACGCACUGGAGUCGCGGAGCAGCGCAGCCACGCCUCUCCAUAUCAGGGCCGAGCUCCUCCCCUCUCGCGCCGAACGGCUCCUCCUCCUCCUCUGCAACUAACAGCCCGCUUUUCCCGCAUCAAAAGGCUCGCCUAGCCCCGGGAACAGAAGUCGUCUACUGGUCAUUUGCGCAAUUCUCCGGCAGCUACGAAAUCGAUGAGUCAAUGAUCAAGCCCGCCGAGUUUGAGGAUGUGAAGCGAAGACUAGCUUACGGGGGCGGAAUCGCAAGCCCAAAUCCCUCGGGCACGCCGCGUCUGAUGGGCGGAGGCGAUCUGGGGUACGCAGAUGGAUCUGGCGCGGCAUUCGAGUCUGCUUCGACGGGAUGGGGCGCCUACCUUCGCAGCGCUCUCGGCAGUGGUCUGAGCAUUCCGGCAGGCAGGCAUCGUCGCACGGGCAGCACGAUGCUCGAUUCAAGCAAUAAGACGAUGACGUCGAAGACGAUCCCGCUGUUCAGCUCGCCGCCAUCCAUCCUAUCCGUCGACCUGCACCUCCCACCCGGCGCGAGCAAGACUUACUCUUUUACUCUACGGCUGCCUGCCGAUUUGCCGCCCUCGUACUACGGCAAGUCGGUCAAGUUCACCUACGAGCUCGUGGUCGGCACGAAUAGAUUGGAUGCGGGCGAGGGGGCGGUGCAUGUAGGUAACCAAAGGAGUAGAUUGAUAAAGAUCCCGCUACGGAUCUACAAUUACGUUGGGGUAGAAGGGGCGAGACCCUGGUUCGAUUUGACGAAUCCGAUUGUUGUGCUGAGGGACGAGGCCGUCGUUCGGGAGGAGGCGGACGGGGCUGCCGGUGGAGCGGGUAAGGACGAGAAGCCACUGCCAUCCGCGCUCGUUGCUCCAGAUGGACAGGAUGCAUCGGUUGGGAGAAAGAAAAUGAGGGAGAGGCAGCGAGGCAAAAAGGCCCUAAAGGCGUAUGCGGCAUCGCUGUUGGCCUCAUACGAUGAGGAUUUCUUUGCGUCGCAGCGGCUCCGUCGUGGCUCCGGGACCAGUGCUGCUCCCGGUGGUGGCCUACUGGGAGCGGGAAGUGUCGCUGAUGAUGGAAGCGGACAAAGCUGCAAGGCUGCUAUUGAGAUCAUCUCGAGAAAUUCGCAGAAGGUGUCCUACGAUAUUUCAAAAGACGGCUCAAUCGCCGCGGUCUUGACUCUGAUCAAGUCCAAGUAUCGUCUGGGCGACACAAUCCUGGGCGUCGUCUCCAUCAAUCGACCCACCGCCGCGACCGCAACUGCCUCUACGCCGCGUGUGGUCCGCAUUGCUGCCCUGCUCGAGUCGUAUGAAGAGGUCGAACCCACCCUGGCCACCCUACCGUCGGCGAGGUCGAUGAGGAUGACGCGCAAGGUGCAUGCGGAACAUCAUGAGAGCACUCUUGGGCUAGGACAGACCAGCUUUCAGUUGCCUAUACCCAGCGGAGCGAGCCCUGAUUUUGAGACUAGCGGUGUCAAGCUCCACUGGACGGUCCGCAUCUCCUUCCUCACCAGCAUCACAACGUCACCAAGUCCUUCCACUCCUUCCUCAGACACCGUGCGGCCCCCACCCUCUACCUCCUACCUCAUCCCCUGCCCACCAGACGGCUACUCCCUCUACCAUACCUCCUAUCGCGCCGCUCCCUCGCUGUGCGGGCCAAGUGACAAUGCUGAUGGAAAAGAGACCCGCCUUGAGAUAGUCGAAUGCGCCGUGCCUGUUAGCGUGCUGCCUAACAGUACGAGAUUCAAGGCGAGGCCCGUGAGUUUUGCUGCGUGAGGAGCAAACGGGUGGAGGUAAUGCAAGGCGAUAAGAUCGAUGCACAAGAGUUCAAUUUAUUGUUUGCCGCCUGC